UCCUUUUCAUAAAAAGCAAGUGACAGACCAUAGAGUUCUAGUCAUCCUUACAGACUUUAAUUUCUUAAACAUCCUUUCAGCUGAGCAGGGAAUUCUGUGGUAUCUUGAAAGCAGUGACAGAAGGAGGAAGUGCCAGAACAUAAGAGUUGUAGGCGCCCUCACAAACACCAACUUCUUAAAAUUCUUCUCCAGCUAAGCAGUGAAUUCCAUGGUGUUUUGAAAGCAGGGACAGAUCAAGAUGGCUGUCUUGGGAGAGCAGGCUCCGGCUGGAGAGAGAAUGCUCAGGAUGCCCAGUUGCCUCCUAAAGCUGACCAGGGUGGUGAAGAGCCACAAGCCCUGGGCCCUGUUUAUCCUCAUCUUUGUGUUUGUAUCCUUUGCCUACAUCGAGUUGUACUAGGACAUCGGGGAGGACCCAAAGAGCAGAGGCCCCACCUACGGCUUGUCUGCUGAGAUCAGCUGUGCUCACUAUGUGCCUUCUCCCCUCGACAUUGCUGGUAGGCCCUCUCCUUCCACAGGAAAGGUGUUUUUUGUGGAGACCUCAGAGCAAACUUCACCAAGUUACCUGUUCUCGUGCUCUGUGGAGUCAGCGGCCAGGACACACCCCACAUCAAGAGUCUUGGUGCUCAUGAAAGGCUUGGCCAAAGGGAACGCCUCCUUGCCCAAGCACUGGGCUUUCUCCUUGCUGAGCUGCUUCUCCAACGUGGAAAUCCGGCCCCUGGACUUGACAGAGCUCUUUUCUGGAACGCCUCUGAAAAGGUGGUACUUAUGGCCUCUGCGGCACUGGGAGCCACAUUUUUUACCUGUCCUCUCUGAUGCCUGCAGAAUUGUCCUCAUGUGGAAAUUUGGUGGCAUCUACCUGGAUACAGACUUCAUUGUGCUUAAGAACUUACAGAACCUCACCAAUGCCCUUGGCAUUCAGGAUGACGUUGAACUGAAUGGGGCCUUUCUAUCCUUUAAGGCCAAGCACAAGUUCAUGGAGCUUUGCAUGCAGGACUUUGUGCAGAAUUACAAUGGCUGGGUCUGGGGGCGCCAGGGCCCAGACCUCCUAACUCGUGUCUUCAAGAAGUGGUGCUCCCUCAGGACUAUCAAGAGCAUGAGCUGCAAAGGUGUGAGUGCUCUUGCCCCAGAAGUUGUUUAUCCUAUUCCCUGGCAGAACUGGAAGAAGUUGUUUGAGGCAGUCAGUGCCUUGGAGCUUCACAAACUCCUUAGGAACAUUAAUUGCCAUUAAUGUAUUUUUAAACUCUCUUUUUAUUGUCCCCCACAUUUCUGGUGUCUUCAACUGCAGUGGAGCUUUGGCCACACAAGUUCUCCCCCUACAGUAGUAAGCAGCAUCUCCAUAUUCGUUCCAUAUCACCUGACCUUGCUUCCACUGGGCAUACCCCUUCCUUUUUUACCUUAUCUCCAAAAGAAGAUUCCUGUUCAGCCAAGGUGGUCUUCUGCCUCAUAUGCUUGAUUUCCAAUUUUUAGGAAUUGCCUUUUCCUGUGCCCUGAGGAGGUGGUGCUUAAAAAGUGGCCAUAGUACUGAUGGACCCCAGGACCUUCAAAAGCAUUUUCCCAGGUGUGUUGGUUCUCAAAUCAAUUCUCAAAUCUCAAAAUCUCAAGUUUUGAGAAAAAAAAAAAAAAAACAAUAAAAAAACCUAAUUUUUUUUCUCAAAAUCUUGAAUUCAAGAUCUUAAAAAUCUCAAAUUGAUGAACCAAAACCACUACAAAGUGGGAAUUUACUUACUGGUUCCCUGAGGGACCCGAAGUCGCUUCUUCCCAUGUCCAGGGUUUAAGUUUUGUUGGCACUUCUCCUCCUGUCACCAGAGAUUUUAAACUUGAUGGCUUCAUGGUCACUGUGGCCAAGACAGCCACCAAUCUCCACUCAAGAGGAUCACAAGAUCCUCUCUGUUGACAAGCAACAAAUCAAGGAGGGAGGGCAUCUUUGCUAGUCAGCCCUCUUAGUACCUGUAGCUUGAAGUUGUCAUCCAGGUGUUUCAGGAAUACAUAGGGAGUAUAUGAAAAUUGUGUUAAAGAAACAAAAUAUUUUAAGGCCUGCUGUGGAUCUGAUGACCAUCUCCCCACCUAAAUGUGUUCCCUGUGUGUCCAGGUCAUUGUAUUGUAAUAAUGCAUUUGAAAUUAACCUCUUAUGGAAUGAGAAGAGGAGACUAAAACAUCCUGGAUAUCUGCCUGUACCAAAUAAAAGCUUCUGUCUGGAAGGUAAA